AUGCGGGUACUCGCGUUGCUUCUCGCAGUCAAAGCGGCAUGUGUCCUCCUGGUCUCCUCUCUCACUGGCACAGUGGCGGUGAACAACAGCGGCCGGUGGUGGGGUAUUGUGAAUGUGGCAUCCUCAGGCAAUCUCCUCACCAACUCCAAGAAUGUGCAGUUGGUGUUGGACCCCAGCCUGGCGUUGCUAAAUCGUCGUCAGAGAAAACUAAUCCGGCAAAACCCGGGCAUCUUGCACGCCAUUGCAGCAGGCCUGCAUACAGCCAUCAAGGAAUGCAAAUGGCAGUUUCGUAACCGCCGCUGGAACUGUCCGACCACCCACAGCCCCAACAUCUUUGGCAAAAUUGUCAACCGAGGUUGCCGUGAGACUGCAUUUGUGUUUGCCAUCACAAGUGCUGGUGUUACUCACGCCGUGGCUCGGUCCUGCUCUGAAGGAACCAUUGAGUCCUGCACCUGCGACUACCGGCGCCGGGGUCCUGGAGGGCCAGACUGGCACUGGGGAGGCUGCAGCGAUAAUGUGGAAUUUGGCAGGAUGUUUGGGCGAGAGUUCGUAGAUUCCAGUGAGAGGGGCAGAGAUCUGCGGUAUCUGACCAACCUGCACAACAAUGAGGCAGGGAGAAUGACAGUCGCAUCAGAGAUGCAACAAGAGUGCAAGUGUCAUGGGAUGUCUGGGUCCUGCACUGUGCGAACAUGCUGGAUGAGACUGCCCAGCUUCCGUGUAGUGGGAGACUUCCUGAAGGACCGUUUCGAUGGCGCGUCCCGAGUAGUGUACGCCAACAAAGGCAGCAACCGUGCGUCCCAUCGAGCCGACCCCCGCCACCUGGAACCGGAGAACCCAGCACAUAAGCUCCCUUCGGCCCGGGACCUCGUGUAUUUUGAAAAGUCACCCAACUUCUGUUCCUACAAUGGCAAAACAGGCACACAUGGCACUUCGGGACGCACCUGCAACAGUUCAUCGCCGUCGCUGGACGGGUGCGAGCUGCUGUGCUGUGGACGGGGAUAUAAGACUCGAAUGGAGCAGGUCACAGAAAGAUGCCACUGUACUUUCCACUGGUGUUGUCAUGUGAGCUGCCUCAACUGCACCAGUACACAGACCGUCCAUCAGUGUCUAUGAUCAACAAACUGACAAACUGGAGGCAAAGGUCCCAAACUGGGUAUUGAAACUGUGGCCGCUGGGGUAUCUGGAGGUUAUAUAGGAAUGAAUAAACAUGGAGAAAAGAGAUAAGAUAGCACAGUUAAAAGGGACUAACAAUCUGUUGGUUGAAUAGGCACGUAUAUUCAAUGUAUUAACUACUGAGAAAAGUUCAAAAGUACAUGUGCAGAACUCUUAGCUGAUGGUAGUCCUUGAAAAACACGAUAUUUUGGAGAUGUUACUGCAGCAUAGGGCUUCAAAUCAAACGAAAUGGGUCGAGAACCACUAUGCACUAUGCACAUGUAGACACAGUUUAAAAUUCAGCAUGCUGAAGCACUAGUCCUGAGG